AUGAGAUUUAUACUGCCUCUUCUUAGCGGCGCUGCUCUCGUUGCCAGUAGCAAGACGCCUUCCUCAGUGGCCCAACGUCGCACUCGUCAACAAGCUCUGCCUGAUGUUGCCGACUUUGUUUUCCAAAACGGCUCCAUCUACACCCUAGAUUCCUCUUCAACUAAGGCCAGCGCUCUGGCCAUCAAGAAUGGCGCGAUCAUAUAUGUUGGCGAUGACCUUCAGGCCCGGCAUUUGAUUGGGAAUGGCACCAAAGUUCUUGACCUAGAAGGCCGCAUGGCAAUGCCUGGAUUCGUCGAUGUGCACAUGCAUGUGCUGCAGGCGGGACAGAAUCUACUGAAAUGCGACUUCAACUACCAACGUCUCAGCCGCCAUCAGGUCUUAGACCAUCUACAGGAAUGCAUAGACAUCGACGGUACCGCUCAAGACACUUGGCUUGACGCUGUCAAUCUCAACUACAUUGCCAUGGUUCUCAGCGGAGAAAGCCUUACCAAAGCGGACCUUGACACACUGAACACGACCCGUCCUAUGUCUCUCCGGUCGAACGACUACCACACCUUCGUCCUCAACUCUCGUGCACUGAAGCUUUCCAAUAUCACCGACUCAACGACCAACCCCCCUGGCGGUGUAAUCGAACACCUCCCGGAUUCACAAGAGCCGUCUGGUGUUCUUCUCGACGGCGCCAACAUCCUAAUUGCUGGCCCUCCUGCUUUCACUGACGAGGAGAACGCCGAAGCCGGGCGUGCCGCGCUCCAGAUUCUUCGGCAGAACGGCAUCACCACUUGGCAAGACGCCUUAGCUACCAACGAGCAUUGGGGCCCUUGGAACAUUCUCAAAGAAAGUUCUGAGCUCAGCUCGCGUGGCUACUUUGAUUACCGCGUCCAGCCUCCGCCGACAUUGGAUGCUGUUGAUGCCGUCGUUGCAGAAACCAUCGCCCUACUCGCGUCUCGAAAUGACAAUUCCACUGUGUCUGCCCAGCCAACUCUCAAAUGGCAGGCAAUCAAAGCCUUGUUGGACGGUAUCAUGCCCUUCUCCGCCCGCACAGCAGCAAACACAGAUCCGUUCUUGCUCCCUGUACGCAACGGCACGAACGCCACCCAGGAAUGGGCGCCUGAUCCCAGUGCCAUGGCCCCUUUGUACUGGGACCCUGAGAUCUUGGCCAAGACUCUGGAAGGGCUGUGGCUGGGCGGCGUCGACGCACAACUCCACGUUGAUGGUGAUCGAGCUGUCCAUGUCAGCUUGGAUGCUGCAGAUGCCUUCUGGCGCAAUCACCCCGAUGCUCCCCCGAUUCGCCUCGCUCUCGCCCACGCCAGUCUUACACUUGAGGAAGACUGGCCUCGGUUCGCGGAGCUCGGCGUUGAUGUGGUGUUCCAAUACCAGUUCUCUCAACUAGCUCCGAUGUGGAUCCCGGACACAUUCAACAGCAUUGGCGAAUAUCGCAUGGGCAACCUCGAUGCCUAUGCACAUAUCGAAGAAGCUGGACGCCCCACAGUGCACGGUAGCGACUGGCCUGUCGAUCCCCUUGAUGUGUGGUUGGCACUCAAGGCCGGUGUUACGCGCCGGGGUGACCGAUCCAACCCCAACUCUGCCGCAUCAUUCAGCGAGCUUUAUGACGGACCGUUCCCUGGUAGAGGUAUCUCCCGCGAGUCCGUCCUGAAGGGAGCCACCAUCAACGGAGCCAAAUUCUUGCGGGCCGAUGAGCAAAUUGGCUCUCUCGAGGUUGGCAAACUUGCGGAUAUCAUCGUCACCGAGAAGAACUUCUUUGAAGUGCCCGAUGAGAAGCUCGGGCGUAACAAGGUGCUGCUUACAAUGCUCGGGGGUGAGGUUGUGUACCUCGAGGACGGUGCGCAGCCUACAUUUGGGAGAGACAUCGCGCCCAAGUUCCCCAAUAACAAUGCCGUUGCUGCGAAGAUGGCCCGCAGGGUGAUUGGCGGGCUCCACGGUGAGCAUCUUGACACCCAGGGACGGGCCGAGGUGGUCAGGAUGAGGAAGCGCCAGGGUUGUGGACAUGGACACGCACACUAG